CUUCUCUGUUUUUAAUUGUGUAGUUUAGUAACAGCAAGCACAAUGAUGCCUACGUUUACAGUAAGAGAAAUAGAAUUGUAGUAAUUUACAUCCUGUUGACCACUAGGGAAGUGAAAAUUAGUUCUUUUUUUUUUUUUUUUUUUUUUUAGCUUCAGCUGAAUUCAGCGAGUAAAACAGCUUACAUGAUUUACACAAUGCUAAUAUGCAAACUGCCUGACUUUGAAAAGAGCUGUUUUCAGACUAACUCUUUUCUGACCUCAGUAGAUAAAGAUCAGCCAUCGGGAGAGAAAAGAGAUCAUCACUUGCUUUAAAGUGUGCAUUUACUGUUGCUUAUGAGGUAUCUUUUUUACGGAUUUGGUUUUCAGACCAAUAGGUGCAUUCAGAUCAAAGAGCAUGAGAGACUCCAGGCUUUGAAAUCUUGUGAUCUAGAAUUUUAAUAUUGAGAAGUUGUCUGGAUGUUUCAGUAUUCAGCCCAUCCUGUUAACAGGUUUGUCUCAAUCUAUUGGAAAUCUGCCCGAUGCAAGAUUCUUCCCAGACUCAACUGACCUGGCUACACAACAUGCACAACAGCACUGCUGAAACUCCGCACACGAUACGACAGUGUAAUGGGAUUUCAUCUCCACAGCCAGAGACCUCAGAGUUUUCCACGGGUGUGUUGGUGCUCCUGGCUCUGCUUAUGGUGCUGCUAGCUCUGGUUACAAUCCUUGGAAAUGUUCUGGUGAUCCUUGCUUUCAUCAUGGACAGAAAUCUCAGGCAUCGGAGUAACUAUUUUUUUCUCAAUCUUGCUAUUUCUGACUUUGCAGUGGGUGCGUUCUGCAUACCUCUCUACAUCCCUUAUGCCCUGACAGGGACCUGGCACUUGGGAAGAGGCCUAUGCAAGCUCUGGCUAGUUAUGGACUAUCUCCUGUGCACAGCUUCAGUGUUUAACAUUGUUCUAAUUAGCUAUGACCGUUUCCUGUCAGUUACUAAAGCUGUAUCUUACAGAGUUCAGCGGGGAAUAAUGUCCAACCCUAUUGUCAAGAUGGUGGCCAUCUGGGUCUUUGCCUUCCUCCUCUACUGCCCAGCAAUUCUCUUGUGGGAGUAUGUGGCCGGCUGCAGCACGGUGCAGGAAGGGCAGUGCCACGCUGAGUUCUUCGACAACUGGUACUUCCUCCUUUGUGCGUCUACCCUGGAGUUCUUUGUGCCGCUGAUCUCGGUCACCUACUUCAACGUGCACAUCUUCAACAACAUCCAGAGGCGCCAGAGGCGUGGCAGCAUUCAGGACUCUGAGCCUCCAAGGAGCAGCAGCUCAUCCUGGAGAUCUUGCUUCAUGCUGAAACAAGGAGCAUCUUCCUCAUUGGAAGCAGAGGACAGUGUUUCAUCCUCCAUAAGGCCAAAGAAAGAGUCUUUGGUAGCUGAAAGCUUAUCUCCAUCCAGAGCCAAUUCUGUAACCCCAGAAAAUGACCUCUCUAUUUCUUUCUGUGCAAGGACCAGGUCAAAACUGCACCAGGACAAGAAAAUUGCAAAGUCGCUUGCCAUAAUUGUUUGUGUCUUCGCCAUUUGCUGGGCACCAUAUACUUUACUAAUGAUUAUUCGUGGGGCCUGCCAAGGAACCUGUGUUCAUAACUCCCUGUACGAUGUUACCUUUUGGCUUUUGUGGCUCAAUUCCUCUCUGAAUCCAUUUCUUUACCCUCUCUGUCAUGAUAAAUUUCGAAUGGCCUUUAUGAAAAUACUAUGUCCCAAAAAGUUUGCAACAUUAAGAUCAGGCUCUUCUUAGAAGAAGAAUAAAAAAAAAAACAAAACAAACAACAACAACUACAACAACAACAGCAAACACUGAAUCAUAGAAUUAUAGAAUAUCUCAAGGUGGAAGGGACUCACAAGUAUCAUUGAGUCCAGUUCCUGG